GACGUUCGUCGGCGCCAACGUCGAGACCCCUUCUAUGACUAUGAUGCCGAAGAAGCAGAGGCGCGUCGCCUCCGCGAAGAGACAGCAGCCAAAGAAGCAGCCAAGGCACAGGCAGCUCCCUAUACUAGCAGAGUCAUUUUCCACCCACACUUUAAGAAUGUAACCUAUAGUCAAGUACUGGCCAUGGAACCGAGCAUGGCGGUCGGUGAUAUUCUCAUCAGACCAAGCAGGAAG